AGACACGCGCGAGGGAGGCGCGUGGUGAGGAAGAGAUGACGAUACUUUUCCUCGUCUCUUACUCCACCGUUUCUUCCCUUAACUUUGCUUCUCCACCUCCGCCAUCUCUCUCUCUAAACAUUUUCUGUCAAUUUUUUUUUAGAAGUAAUCAAACAGAAAAUACAAAUUCAGAUACAGACUUCUCGUCUUCUCUCUCUCUGUGAACACAUAUACACAAUAUAUAUAUAUACUCACGUCCACACACACAUACCACUGUCUGUCUCUCUCUACAGAAGAAAGUCCUGAUCGUGUCUCUUAUCGUUACCCAAACCUCUCGAUCUCGUUCCUUGUUUUCUUUUGCUUCCAGAUUCUGUCCACCGUUCUCUCUCCGUUUUCUCGAAGUUUUCAGGUUGAAGUUUCUUCUGCCGAGGACUGUUGCCAAUUCAAAGUCUGUACCUUUAUCGUAGAAAACAGGCUUGUCCGAAUACAAAGUCUCUUCAUCUGGUUCUCGAUAUGUUGCUGGUUUUGGGUGAAGGUGUCGGACUUAGGGUUCUUUCACGAAUUUGGUAAUCAUAGAAAGCAUUCGCUGUCGUUGUUAAUGGCGGUGUGAUAGACAUCUCUUCUGUUAAAACCUUGGAGAAUACGCACAGUAGAGGAGGGCAUAAGGGUGUCUCAUUUUUCAAGACUUGGGAUGGGUAAUAAACUCGGGAGGAAGAGGCAAGUGGUCGAUGAGAGGUACACAAGACCACAAGGGUUGUAUGCUAAUAAAGACGUCGACGUUAAAAAGCUCAAGAAACUUAUUUUAGAGUCUAAGCUUGCACCUUGCUAUCCUGGGGAUGAUGAGAGCGGCCAUGAUCUUGAAGAAUGUCCAAUCUGCUUUCUGUACUACCCGAGCCUCAAUAGAUCGAGAUGUUGCAUGAAAAGCAUCUGUACAGAGUGUUUUUUGCAGAUGAAGAACCCUAAUUCAGCUCGCCCUACUCAGUGCCCCUUUUGUAAAACAUCCAAUUAUGCUGUUGAAUAUCGAGGAGUAAAGACAAAGGAGGAAAAGGGCAUGGAACAAGUUGAAGAACAGCGGGUUAUAGAAGCUCAAAUACGGAUGAGACAGAAGGAACUUCAGGAUGAAGAAGAAAGAAUGCAAAAACAACUGGAAUCAUGUUCUUCUAGCACGAGUGCGGUGACUGCUGAGAUGGAAUAUGGUUCAGCUGCCGCUCCACCAUAUAAUUGUCUUGCGGAGGAUGGGGAACUUGUUUCUUGUCAGGAUGCAUCUGCUGCAUCAACAGACAGGCAACCACUGCAUCGGGGAAACAGGAAUGAUGAUUUUGAUGUUGAUCUUGAGGACAUAAUGGUCAUGGAAGCCAUAUGGCUCUCCAUCCAGGAAAACGGGAUGCACGGAAAUACAACGUGCGGUGAUCUCACCUCUUCUGCAGAGUAUGUAGCAGAAGAUCGUUACGUUUCACCAUCUAUGGCGCCUGUUGUUGGAUCAUCGUUACCGUCAUCUUCAUCUCCAUCUGGUGGGCUGGCUUGCGCAAUCGCGGCCCUUGCUGAACGCCAGCAGCCGCCCGGCAACAACAUCCAGAACGUGAAUGCCUCCUCGUACAACAUGCUUCCAGACAGCUGUACUGGCUAUUACAGCAACCUAGUACAGCAAGAGGUGGACGGUAACGCUGCCGAGGCGACAUGCCAUGUGUCGAUGAAUGUGGGGGAGGCAGGAACGAGCUAUGCAAGCUCUGACCUAACAGACGAUAGCGGCAGUGAGAUUGAGGGUUCAGGAAGCUUCCGGAAUCUUCCACCACCACCUCCUUUUCCAGAGAGUUUCGAGGAGCAGAUGAUGUUGGCCAUGGCGGUUUCUCUGGCAGAGGUCCAUGCCACGGCAAGUGCACCCACCGGAAUCACAUGGCAAUAAUGCAAAAACAAGAAAAAAAGGAACAGAGUCUCUCAUGGCCGGUUGUCUCCAAUAUGAAACACAACGUCUUGAACCCAUGAUCAGUUUUCUCUGUCUUCCCUUUGCUCUCAAAGCAUCUGGACCAAACCUUGAGGGAACUUGGGAGAAUUUGGUGUAUGCUGAACCUGAAAUGGUUCAGAGUCACUCUGAAUGGGUUAGAGAAUAAGAGUAAUAGUUGAGGAGCAAGAGCAGCUGCCAAACAUGUUUGUAUAAAAGUGAAGAUGGACUUGCCUCUCUCACACCUUUGGCUGUUUUUACUUUUAGGUAAACCAUUUCCGAUUUCGGUUCG